GCUGAACAGCCAGCACGCGGUGGACACUGCCCCAAGGUCAAGCUCGUGCCGGGUGAAAAAAAUGUAUCAGAGCUUGGCGCUGGCCCAGAGCUCUGGUCAAGCCACCUACACCGACUCGGGAGCCUUUCUGCACGCUUCGGGACCCGGCUCCCCGGUGUUCGUGGCACCCACGCGUGUGCCCUCCAUGCUGCCCUACCUGCCUGCGUGUGAGCCGGGCUCGCAGCCUCCCGCGCUUGCCGCACACUCUAGCUGGACUCAGGCAGCUGCCUCUGACUCCUCAGCCUUCGGCUCUGGAAGCCCACACCCUCCAGCCGCACACCCACCGGGAGCCGCCACCUUCCCCUUCGCACACAGCCCCCCGGGGUCGGGCAGCGGCGGCAGUGCGGGGGCCCGGGACAGCAGCGCCUUCCAGGGCUCGCUGCUGGCUCGCGAACAGUACCCGACCCCGCUCGGGAGACCCAUGGGCGCCUCGUAUCCCACAACCUACCCGGCAUACGUGACUCCCGACGUAGCCCCUUCGUGGACCUCCGGACCCUUCGAUGGUAGCAUCCUGCACGGUCUGCAGAGCCGCCCUAGCGGCCUCCCUGGCCGCAGGGCGACCUUCGUACCUGACUUCUUGGAGGAGUUUCCUGGUGAGGGCCGGGAGUGUGUCAACUGUGGAGCCCUGUCUACACCACUGUGGCGCCGUGACGGCACCGGGCACUACCUGUGCAACGCCUGCGGCCUCUAUCACAAGAUGAACGGGGUCAACCGGCCACUAGUGAGGCCUCAGAAGCGUCUGUCCUCAUCCCGUCGAUCUGGCCUCUGCUGCUCCAACUGCCACACCGCCACCACCACUCUCUGGAGGCGCAAUGCGGAGGGCGAGCCCGUGUGCAAUGCCUGCGGCCUCUACAUGAAGCUCCACGGGGUUCCACGGCCACUAGCAAUGAAGAAAGAGAGCAUCCAGACCAGAAAACGGAAGCCAAAGAACCCUGCCAAGAUCAAGGGCUCCUCAGGAUCCACAGCAAACACCGCAGCCUCUUCUCCCACUAUCCUCAACACUGAGGCCUCAGCCACCACUCUGAAGGCAGAGCCCAGUCUGGCAUCUCCGGGGUGUCCUGGGCCCACUAUCACCUCCCAGGCUUCCAGCUCAGUGGAUGAAUCCCUGGCCCCUAGUCAUCUGGAGUUCAAGUUUGAACCUGAAGACUUUGCCUUCACCUCCUCGUCCCUGAGCCCCCAGGCUGGCCUCAGUGGGGUCCUGCGUCAGGAGGCCUGGUGUGCCCUGGCUUUGGCCUAGGUACUCGGGAAGCUGUCACCACGGUGGAUCCCAGGAACAGCCUGCCAACCUGACUCCUAGAGCAUAUCAGAGACAAAGGGGCCCCAGGAACGGAGGUUAGCCUCUGGGGCCAGCAGCUCCCAUGGGUCCCUCGCCACUGUGGUAGGGAGCUUUUUGCGCUGAUACCCCAGAGGAAGAAGAAGGCUGGUGGAUGAAGAAGGUUUGAAGGCUCCCCAGACCCCUCACGGGCCCCUCUGUAGACGAGAUGACUGGAGAUACCCACCAACGACUUGAAUGCCAUCAACGCUCAACAGUUUGCAGCAGCUGGCAAAAGUUCACAGCAUCCCACAGUAAAAUCUGAUCCAAGUGAAACAAAUAGAGUCCAGGCGGGCAGUAAGAAGGAGGAGACCCAACAGGGCCUCUGGGGUCUCAAGUUCUUAACUUCCCAUAUUUGAUUCUGCGAGGCUGAGUGAGUGCCUUCUUGCCUACAAGUAUAGGACUGUCGGAGGCCAGUGUGCAGGUUGAACACUGCACCAGGGCACCACCCCAAGGCAAAUCCAUCUCUCUGGCCAUCAUCACAGACUUCUGUAUUUAUUUGUAUGCCUGUUUCCAGAUAGGGCAGAAAAGGCCUUGUUCUGGCCAUCUGUGUACUAAGGCUUUUGCUGGUGGAGAGAUCCACGCACGGACACUGUUGGAACUGGGUGACAUGUGGCCUCGUGACUGGGCUCAGCUAUCAGCCCAUCAGUUGGUAACACAGCCCUUUGCAGCACCCUCUUCAUACCAAGUCAUGCCCACUGGCUGUGACUCUGCACAGGAUGCAGGUCAGUUCUAGAGCCCCAGCAGCGAGAGGAAGAGGGUGCUCUGUAGACCACACCCCCACAGGUCUCAUCUUUUUCCAGGGUUCCACCCCCAGGUGAGGAAACCGGAAGGUAGAGGAGUUAAGGGGUCACCUAAGCACGAAGACUGCCCCAUCAUGUCUCCAGUGUGGACCUGUGAUCCUUCCACCCAGUUCGCUUGAGGCAGAGGCAAUGGGUCCCAGUUAGAAGGAAAGCGGGGGACAGUAGCCUGCAGCCUCUGUAGAUAUCACUGGGCCAAGAGCAAGGCAUGUUUCUGCCACUGGCUCCAAGUAAGCAUACCUAGCCUUCCACGUAUCUGUGGAAGGCACAAUCAGCUCCCUUGAUGCCUGUUUUCAGGACCCAGAGACUGGGGUAGAGGAGGGAGAGGGCUAGAGACAGACACCGUGUGAAUACCUCCAAGCACGCACACCCAAGUGUGCACAGACACAGACCAGACCACAGCAGCUGCACAAGGUCUCAGAACAGGGUUCUCACUGCAGUCCUGUUUCUGGAAGUCCCUUUUGCCCAAGCCUCAGUUUCCCCUUCUGUGAUACAAGAGGUGACUAUGAUUACAUUUGUAACUCAUGCAUCUAUCUAGCCACUGUGGUCACUGGGAGACCCCAAAUGUGGAAGAGGCACCAGGCACUCACCAACCAGGCAGGCUUCUGGAGAGAUCCACAGUGAGAGGAUGGAUGGAAGGGAACUCAGGAGAGAGGCAGGCCCAGCAUAAGAGAUCCCUCCCGCUUCUCACUUCUUUUUCCUUCCUUCCUUCCUUCCUUCCUUCCUUCCUUCCUUCCUUCCUUCCUUUCUUUCUUGUCUUUCUUUCUUUUCUGGUUGGUUGGUUUUGGUUUGUUGUUGUUGUUUGUUUUGUUUUUGUUUGUUUCUGAGACAAGCUCACACUACGUCGCUCUGGCUAUCCUGAAACUCACUCUGUAGACCAGGCUGGCCUCGAACUCACAGAGAUCUGUCUGCCUCUGCCUCCUGAGUGCUGGGAUUA